UAAAACAUGAAUGACGCUCAUAGUUACCGUGAGCUAAUGGUACACCAUUUUCAAGGCUGAACUCCAUUGAGAUGAGGGUACAUAAAUAUAAGCCUGAGAAGAGAGGAUGGACACAUUUGGACCAGCAGCUUUACCCACUCCAGACAAGCCAAACCUCCAGCCUGCACCGGUCGCCACUGCAUCUCCACGAUACAUCAUGCAACAGCUACAGAUUCUUGGACUUUUAAGUGUUUUUCUGCUGGCGUGGGAUCCCAGCCAAUGCAGUUCAAUCCCAACUCAGUGUGUGGAGCACACCUACUGCUCAUCCACACUGAAAGAAUAUCACACACAACUGAUCAACCUACCCAGCAGAAUCAAUGAGAGAAGUGUUUCUGCAUGGAGCUAUGUAGAGAAUAUUGACCUGGAUCGUGUGCCACAGAUCAUCUAUGAAGCCAAAUGCCUUAACAAUCACUUCUGUAAGGGCAUCGAAGACUCUUCAAGUCUGGAGAGCAUCCCCAUCGCAAUCAGAAUGCCAUUUCUCCGGAAAAACCCAAGAUGCCCGACUUACGCACUGGAAUUUGAGGAUGUCAACAUAGCCUGUAUAUGUGCAACAUCCCGACAGAACUAGAGCCAAGCCUAAGAUCUACUAGAUUCAUAAUUAAUUAUCAGUAUUACAUGUCAUGUUUGUGUUAAAGUUCAUGUCUACCACAAAGAAGUCAACAAAAAAAACUAUCUAAAAACAUAUAAUCACAACGCAGAUACUACAGGAACAAAUAUGGAUGUCUUAAGUUGCCCAAUGCUUGUCUCUGUGAAAUAAUAAACAGGAUUUGUAAAAAAAAAAGUUGCCAUUUUUCUUUGCAUCAAUGCAUCGGCCACCAAUAUUUAUCUGCUGAUUUUUGACUGAAAAAAAACCCAAUGGUAUACUGGCUAUUAGUGAUGCACCGAUGUAUCGGCCACCGAUAUUUAUUGGCCGAUUUUUGAUGAAUUUGAAACCAUCGGCAUAUCGGCAAUAGCACGAGAAAGGCCAAUACCGAUUGUUUAUUAAUUAACUGCAUAAAGAAAUCCAUUAUAUGUAAAAAACUAGUUAAUGUUGUUAAUAAAAUAAAUGCUGAAUAGCAAAAAACACCUUUGAAGGUUGUCAUGCUGUCUUAUUAUAUUUGUUUUAGCUUAAUUUGUGCCUCUCUUAUUAUGUUGGUCAGUUGAAUGUUAAUUAGAUCCAAUCCAUGUUCAGCAAAAAUAAUUUGAUGCAGAAAUAAACUAGCAAAUAGACCAACUAUAUAGUAUUGUAUACAAGUGUUUAAUAUCG